GAGUGAGGGGGAGAGAAGAAUAAGAUAGUGAGAGAAGUCUCAAUAAGAGGAGAGGAGAGGAGAAAAGAAGAAAAGAAAAAAAAGGGGUAGUUGUCAAUUUCAUUUCUCGUGUUCCAUUUCCAUCGCAGAGAAAUGAGGCACUGAAUCAGGUUUUUCAGACACUCAAGAAGAUGCAGAGAGAAGAAUGUGGGGAUUCUUGGAUUCUUUCCAUCCAUUCAAGCUUUCUUUUUAGUUAAUUUUUUUCUUCUUUUUAUUCCGUGUAUUAUUUUAAUUUCGGUAAGCGUUUCGCGCUUAUCUGUAAAUCAUAAACAAAGUUUACGAAUUGCAACCAAUUAGCAAAAAAAAUCAAAUUUAGACGGCAAUCCCAAAUCCCAAUCCUCAAAAAACCCAAAUCUCUCCUCGCGAUCAACGCCAAUUUGCAGGACUGAGUCUCAGACCCUCCAAAUCUGUAAUGGCUACGGUGUGAAUGACGCGUGAAUGACGCGUUAGGGUUUGGGUUUCAGAGCUCUUCUCAUUUUGUUGAAGAAGGGAGUUUUGUGAUGGGAUCGUCUGUGUUCUUCUUGAUCUGUCUUCUUCAUUCCGCGAUUGCUAUCUCCUGCGGAGCCCUCAUGAUGUUCUAUCUCGAUAAGAUCUCUGUCUUCGGUCACGGCACUGAGACGGCUAGUAAGCUUUUGGGUUCUACGCCUCACGACCAGCUCUUGAUCCAGACCUCGGAUUCCUUCGCUGGGUUGUUGUUGUCUGCGAUCGGAUGUCUCUUGUUCAUGGUGGCUUUUGUUAAGGACAGAGAGUUUCAGAGCUUCUUUGCGAAGGGGUUGGUGCUUAUCCAUGUCUCCGUUGCCGUCUGGAGGUUUUACUUCGAAAGGAGGCUAGAGGAUCUCGCCAGUGAUUGGCCGAGACAGGUUGUUGGAGAUAUAAUUUUGGCGCUUUCGUGGGUUUUCUUCCUCGUUUACUCGUGGAGGGAGAAGUAUGACUAGAUUCGUGUUAUGAAAAGUAUGGUUUUUCUUUGUUGCUGCCAUGGCCAGCAUCGGCACUUCUGCUGAAUCGCAUUGUCGAAACAGGUUCUCGUUUGCUGCUUCUCCUGCUUGUGCUUUGGGAACCGCUGACUGAUGAACUGGAAUUGAAAUGGUGUAGAACAUACCAUACUGGAAUCAAAUAUUACACCCUAUACUGUAACAUCACACCUUGCAAGUUUUGUUAAAGUAGUGGAGAUAGAUGAUAGCUGUGUCUGGGUCAGCAUGUUUGGCUGAUUUUUGCUUUGGGAUCUUGCGUAUGCUUAUUUUUCUUUUUUUUUUAGGGUUUCGAACACAUUCGAAUACCCAUCUUCCUGUAGUUUUCUCAUUGUAAAUCUGCUUUUUCAUUCAUAAUAAUGUGAUAUAUAUAUAUAUAUCUCAUAUUUCUGUUA